AUGCUCGACGAGCUUGGCCUUUCGUUUACAAAAGUGCGCAUUGCUGCUUUGCAAUCAUUCGUCCGAUCAAAGAACCCUUCAGUGCUGCAUGUCGUCCGCCGUCUUAUCAACAAGGUCACUGUAGUCACGGAUUGCGAAGGCAUACCGCGUUUGGCCAAACGAAGGCUCAUCCGUGCACGUCGCUAA